AGAGAAACGCCUCGAGCGAUGAAUGGCAAGGAUAGGUUGUAUUAUAAUGGGCUACCUGAUAUCUGGGGCGACUUCUGUUCAUAGAACUUUAAGACAUAAGGUACUCAUUGAAGACAAUGAGUCUCGAGGGUUGCAGGAAGAGAGGAAGUAUAAAUUACCAUUGUCGUGCUAUCAAUCCAUUAAAGUGCCCAUCAGCUUGGAUCCGGGCAGCUCCUCGCCGGCUCAAUUUGGUACCCGUACUCCACCUCCAUCCUGCUCGCUACCCCCGUCCGUCCCUGCCGACCACCGACUGGACUUAGGUCAAGCGCGCGCUGAACCAACGCAACGUCAUUCCUCCAGCUUCUCUCUCCCAUCAACAAUCGCCCAACCGACACAAUCGCCAAAUUAUAUCGUUGAUAUUUCACUUGCGAUGGACUACAGCUCCACGAUCCACGACGUGGAGGAUCCCGCUGGCGAUUCACCAUGGGGCAACUCCCCUGUGUCGUCUCCAUCGCGAAACAACAUUGCUGCCUUCAAUCCCGCCUCAGCUGAUGCUCCUCCUCCCUUUCGCUACAACACACAAUCCUCGAAUGGCCUGUCUCAGGACCAGUCUGCAUCUCAGUCUGAAGAAUUCCAGCGUCCAGGGACUGCGACUACAGCCUCCGGCACUGAAGAUGGUACUGAGGCUUCAGGUACGCUGAACACCUCAGAGGCGCAGUCGCAAUCCACAGCCGCUGAACCGUCAGCUGGGGAGGAUGGACAAUCUCAAGCACAUAGCCAGCAACAAAACCAGGCUGGUGCAACGGUUUCACAGUCUCGACAGGAACAGCACCCCCCAAAACCGGCUGGGCCUCAGUAUCGACUCCAAGCCAAGAUUACGGGACUUGAACGCACCGGCAAGAAGGAUCCCAUCCUCCGAUUCGAUGUUCACACCAACAUUCCCCGCUUUCGAACAACUCAAUUCCGAGAUGUUCGCCGUCUACACUCCGAGUUUGUUAAACUCGCCGAUCAUCUGAUAUCUGCGAAUCCAGAGGUGUUUGUCCCUGCGGUCCCGCCGCCUCUGACCUCCGCUGGAGCUGGGACAGACGAGGACGAGAUUCGGGUCAAGGCCCUGAUGCAGCGGUGGUUGAACUACGUUUGCGGUAACGAAAUCCUGAUGCGGGACGACGAGAUGGUACUCUUUGUGGAGAGUGACUUUGGUUAUAGCCCCAUGGUGAAGAAGAAGCAGCCAGCGACAGGCGUCCGCAGAAAGAUUUUGAAGCAGUUCGCUCCACCCCCUGAUGAUACCCCUGAACUUGCGGAUGCACGUCCAACCGUCAAGCUCUUUUAUCUUGGUAGCAUGGAUGCCGGCCACAAGGUUGAUAAGCUGGUCAAGGCCAGGAGGGGACUUGGCCUUUCCGAAGCCGAUUACGGUGCUAAACUCACAAGUAUGCAUGUCCAGGAACCCCAUCCUGGUUUGGCAAAUGCAUAUCGAAAGCUGGGUAAAGUCGUCCAGACCGUCGGCGACUAUCAUGCUGCCCAAGCGACAGCAGAGGCUACAACUAUUGGCGACCCAUUCCAAUAUCACUCACAAGACGCUUUCAUUGUCAAAGAGUCCCUUACCAACCGACAGAUUCUGAUUCGCGAAUUCUUACAAGCUCAGGAAGCUACCCGUAGCAAGCUCAAUGCGGCUGAUCGCCUCAAGGCCAGUUCGAGUGUUCGCCGCGAAAAGGUGGACGAGGCCAUUACAGCAUUGGACGAUGCUCGCCAGCACGAGACCUACUUGUACAAUAAGACCAACCGUGUCACCCAAAACUUGGUCCAGGAGCGUCGUAAGUGGUUCUCGAGAACUUCUGCUGAUCUGCGCCUGAGCAUUAGGGAAUAUGUGCUCAGAGAGAUUGAAGCUGAGAGGCGGACUCUGGCCCUGCUGGAGACAGUCCGACCGGAUAUUCGAUCAAUUGACGCCUCCGGUGGAUUGAGCCGAUUGGGUCGUGAGUCGCAUCCUACCGUGCGUCGAUCGAGUCUCGCAGCCAGUCAAGGCCCCAAGGGUGACUCUUGGAGUGGCGUUCCUCGCCGUUCAGAUGCCACGGGUCGCAGCGUGUCGGGCAGUCUCAUCAGCAAGGUGUCAGAGGAGGGCGAGAGCGAAGAGAGCACCGAGGCAGCUCAAGGGCGACAGACGGGGGGCCGUGCCGGUCUUAAGGGUGUCAGCGAAGAGGAUGACGAGGAUCGUGUGGAUGCUAGGAAUGCUGCGAGCCGGCUGGCGGCCAGCACAUUCUAAGCCGCAACAGCGACGAGUGCACUAUGUUGAUGAUGAAUAAGGGGCUUGCAUCAGAUUCCCUCCUCUUUUUGAUAGCAUUGCUCUGAGCCUGGUGUCAUAAGUAAAACUGAUUUUCUUUAUCGUUGCGUUUGUGGUCUUCUAUUUGUCUGAGGCCUCAAGAAUUUAUAUCAACGCCGUGGUGUGUAUGGAAAUGCCGUGUAACAGCAACACUAUACUUUUGAUAAUGUCAUUGCGCUGCCGGAACCUCAUUGUCAUUUAUCACCAUCGUUCGAUCUUGAAGGGAUGGCGGUGUAUAGAGUUGGUGGGUUGGUUACAAGGAAGACUGCACAUCUCCCAGCUCCCAAUUGUGGAGGAUGCGACGUGAUGACUGGCGUAUCAAGUCAAAGCUGUGACAAAGACUCAUCAGAGCGUUAUUCAUGAUCACAAAUGAGGUCGGAGGAGUAUGCUUCAUCGUUCACAUGAGCCUAUGUCCUCAUGUUGAGAAAGUCAUUGAUAGAUAAGAUAAUUUGAGUUCAUUGGAUAUACCUCGUCUGAUGCUGAAAUCCGGUCUGGAAGACCCUGACUAUAAUCUUGACCGAGGCCAAGCUGCAG